AUUACCUUACGUUUCUCCCACCGAUCCACCAUUCAGCCACCUUGAUCUCUGGCCAAACCCAUGGCUGGUAUCGAAUUCAGGGCUGUUCUUAUUAGAGUCUUCAUGGCUUUGUUUAGUUGCACCUUUGCUUUCGGUGGGGCGGUAGUUGGGAUAAUCACCGGUGCAAUGAAAGGACAAACAACGGAAACCGGUUUGGUUCGUGGAGCCGCUGUGGGUGCAGUCACUGGUGCACUCACAGCUUUGCAACUUGUCGAUAUGAUGGCUAAUGGCGAACCAUUUUCAAAGGCAGCACUGAUAGAGAGCCUUCUAAGUGGGAAAGUGUUCACUGAGUGGGUCAGUCCUGCUGUGCUUAAAGCUUAUCAAUGGCAGACUGGUGCUACGGAAAUAAGUUUUACAGACAUAUUUGACGUAGAGGUCAAUGGGUCAAGAGGACUAUCCGAAGACGCUAUAAACGAGCUACCAAAACGUGUAUUCAAGAAGCCAUCUAAGACAAAUCUAACAGAUGACGAAUGCAACGAGACAAACUGUGCGAUUUGUUUGCAAGAUUUCGAGAACAAUGAAGAAGGAAGAGAGCUACCAAGUUGUAGACACGUAUUUCACUUAAAAUGCAUAGACGAAUGGCUUGUUAGGCAGGGUUCCUGCCCUAUUUGUAGAAGGGAGGUUUAGCCUUUUAGUGAAAUAAAAAAAAAUGAAAGGGACUAGUUUCACAUAAAUUAGAAACUUACCAAUGCAAACAAAACUCUUGCACAUAAACAUAUAGCUUGUCAUGUGGUUAAUUUGGUUUAAUGACUUAUUUACUAUCUUAGUAGAAAGUGUAAUGUUAUGUUUUUAUUUC